CACUGGAGGCGGAGGGGCAGCAGCGACCAGCCCGCUCCCCGCCUCCCCGACAGAGCUUCGGUCAGCAUGGGGGUGACAGGUGCCAAUGGAUUUCCCUGCUGUGGCAAGGAGUCAGUGGACAUUGUGGAGACACAGAGUGGCCUAAGCCAACACCAGCUGGUACCAGAGGAAGAUGAGGUCGAGCUGAAGAAAGAAUUGCUGGAACUGGAGCCCCCACACAAAGUGGACCUGGACCUAGAGCCAGAACUGGAGCUGGAGAUGGAGUCCAAGCCCAAGGACCCUGAGCAACGGGAGUCUAGGACAGAGUCCCUCCAGCCCCCCACGCAGCAGGACGUCAGCCGGUGGAGUGUGAGGUCAAAUUCUAGCUACCUGAGUUCAGUAGGGGAGGACCAGGCGUCCACCAACCAACGCUCUAUCCGCGUGCAGACCUCUAAGCACCUCUUCUGGGCAGACAAACACAUCCAGGCCUCAGAACACAGCCUGGAGCGGGUGAUCAACAUGCAGCAUGGCAAGAACGCAGGUAAGACCGCUGGCUGUCAGGACCAGCAGUCUGGCCCCAAGGCCACCACGUGCUCCAAGAAGCAGCUCCAGGACCCCAGGGCCCAGCCAGCUCCACCCACCACCAGCUCCCAGCAGCCACCAAACCCCCACCCGUCCUCUUCCAGUCUCUCGCCAGGCAUCGGCUUGGCCGAUCUGGUCAACUUUGCCUCCUCCUUGGCCGCCGUGGCCUCCUCCAGCAAGAUGGACUUGCCCAACUUGGAGCAUAUUGUCAAAGCUCCACCUCAGAAGGUCGAGGCACCUUCUACAGAUCCCGAUAUCCAGCUGUCCAUGGACCAGCAAGAGAAGAAAAAGCUCAUUAAGGACUUGCUAGAGAAACCACUUAAAGCCGAGGAGUCACAGAAAGCUCGGAAGCAGGAAGACAAGAACUUCUUCCACCCUUACCUCGGCUUCAGCAAGCCGGGGAUCAAGAGGGCCACCAUUGAAGGAGAAGUGAAGCUUCUCCAGCAACAGACCUGGUCCCCUCCGCCUAAAGGAGCCGUGAAAGGCUCGGUGCCGAGAACCAGGAAAGGGAGUCCAUUAUUGCUGAAAAUCCAUUUUAAGCAAGGGCCUGGCAUGGGGAAGGGACGGUGUCCAGGGGCUCAAAGGAGGGGAAGAAGGAAGCCAAAGGACUGCCCCUCCAGGGGCCACAGCCUUGAGCUGGAAGUAGCUCAAAAUGUAGGGGCGAGUAUGUAAUGGUGUACUUCCUCGAGCAACCCAGACACACUCACACACGCGCGCACACACACCAUCCGCUGACUCGUACCGCACACAGGCACGCACAGACACACGUCCACCCACAGACAGCUCCACGCGGGCCGUGUGCACAAGCACACAUCCACACGCAGGCGGGCGAGCCGGACACGUGCACUAAACAUGCACACGAAUGCACAAGCCUCCCCACGACGUUGGGCAAUGUGGGAAAGCUCUGGAAGAGGAGAGCUCGCAGCAAAGGAGGGAAGGGAGUUCGGAAUGUGGGAAGAACACGGGCGGGGAAAAGGGAAGCCGGGGAGAAAGGGAGGCGAGAGGCAGAGCCAUCGCUUGGGCCCUGGUCAGCUUCCAGACCCACCAGCACCAAGGCUCCCCGUCAGGUGAAAGCCCAGCCUUGCAGGUCCUCAGGAGCCUGCCCUGCCUUGAGAGGGGGCCGAGGAGGGAAGUGCCCAGGGCCUAGGAG